AUGGAGAGGCCUUCUUUGGAGAUCAGCCUGCCCAAUACUCCAGAAGAGGGAAAACUCUACGUAGUGGAUUCCUUAAAUAACCUCAACAAACUAACCGUUUGUCCCGAUGACGCCCAGCACGUGCUAGAUGAAGAAGAUGAGAACACUGGUGGUACUGGAGGAUACACGGCAUGGAGCAACAUAAGAAACCAAUGCUUGUUCGUCGUCACCUUGAUUCUUACUUUGAUUGUCAGUUUGGCACUUGUUUCAUUCGUAAUAUUCUUAAUAAUUCAAACUAGGAACAAGAUGGACCAACUAUCAAGCAGACUAAUAUCUGAAAGGAAAAGCAUUGAAGAGCUUAAGAAAAUGAAUGAUAUGAUAUUAAAGCAUCUAAAUCAAUCGGGAAUUAAGGAAAAGGAGAGAGACAUCUUCCCACUAAAUCCCGACCUUCAUGAAUUCUUAUUCACACAAGCUGAGCUGAAAAUCCCUGGAGAAUAG